AUGAAGGACCUGCAGGCCAUGGACCGCGCCCACCGCCUGGGCCAGCGCCGUACCGUCAACGUGUACCGCCUCAUAAUGCGGGACACCCUGGAGGAGCGCAUCAUGGGGCUGCAGAAAUUCAAGACGGACGUCGCAAACGCGGUGGUCAACCAGGACAACGCGUCAAUGGCAGCGAUGGACACCAGCGGGGUGCUCGACCUCUUUGCCGCGCCAGGCAGCGCCGCCGCCUCCGCCGCGGCCGCGGGCGGCGGUGAGGGCGGCGCCAAGGGCGGGGACGCCGUGGCCGCCGCCGCGGGCGCGGGCAGCGGGCGCGCCGGCGGCGGCGGCGGCGCGCUGCAGCGGCUGCUGAAUGCGAUGGCUGUCAGCAGCAGCAUGAUGGUGUUUACGGUGCUGGCGCUGGCGCUGGUGUCCGGCUCGGCCGCCGCCGAACCUGCCCCUUCCAUCGCAUCAUUGGUCGGCCAGGCCUCGGCGGCCGUUGGCCCCGCCGCCGCUCAGCUCGGCGGCCUGCCAAGCCUCGCCACUGACGCCAAGGCCGCCCUGGCGCGCCUGAACAAGCCAGGCAGCGACCUGCUCUCCUCCGCCAUCGCCAAGCUGGCGGCGUUCCCGCCCCCCGGCAACUUCACCGGGAAGGUCUUCAAGGCGCCCGCGGCCGAGGCGCAACUGACUCAGCUGCUGGCGGACUGGCAGAAGAGCGCUGGGGCGGUCGUUCAGUCCCUGGCCGCCAACAUCACUGCCGCUGCUGGCAAGCCGGUGCCGAUCAGCAAGGACGCCUACCUGGCAAAGAUCGACACAGCUACCAAGAAGCUUCAGCAGGGGGUUGCCGCCAUACCAGGUGUGUGCGCGCGCGUGCACACGCCGCUGUCCGCAACCGCGCCGGCUCGGCUGCUGCAUGUGAACAAGCCCGGCUUUUCGGACGGCUCACUUACGGGCGUGAGCGCCCAGGAGAAGACUGCGGCCCUCGGCACUGUCCAGGCGUACGCAGCCAGGGUGCGCGCCACCCUGGACACCAGCAUCCAGCAGCUUCUCAGCACGGUGUCAGGUGCUGCAUCCGCUAAGGUGUCCAAGGCGCUCCCCGCGCCGAAGCCGAGGCGCCUGCUGUGGUGGGCGUGA